CACGUCAUUAAACCCGCCACAUAAGAUACCCAAACCAAACCAAACCCACCCCAACCCUUCAUCUUCUUCAACUAUUUGACCCGGCCUCUCCAAAUCUAUGAACCGACCACUGUCUCCCUUCUUCUUCUCUGAAUCUCGUCAAAGAAGCCCUCUGCUUUCUUCUUCUUCUUCUUCUUCUUCUUCUUCGAUGGCAGCGGAGCUUGAGAAGAGGAGCAGGCAGGCCUUGUUGGCGGAGUAGCUCGAGGGUCUGGGCGGCAGCAGAGCUCGAUCUAUGGUUUGGGGAAAAAUCGAUGGAUUUGUGUGUGGUGUCCAGCUGCUGGAGCUCUUGACGGGUAAAACCCCCUUCCAUGUCAUGAUAAGCAACACGACUCUAAAAUUCCCCAGGCGGCUCCGCUCGAUUCGAGAGGAAGGGACGGAUUUCGGGGUUUCCAUGGCAUGCAACUCUCCGCAAAUCAGUGUACGCGAGCCAUUCAAGGAUGCUGAUUAGAGAUGUCAAUUUGGGUGUUUCUUUUCUUUUAGUUUGUUUUUCGCCCUGUAUUUACCCCAUCUAUUCUUAGGUUUUCAAUCCCUCGGUUCUGGUCGUAUAGCCUUAAGCUUGUGAAAGGAAGAAGAAGGACUCAACUAUUGAAUGAGUAUAAAUGUAUAAUGGGUCCUAUUGUGGUUGUACAAUCUUGCUCUUUCAUUUCGUCUGUCAUAUUCUUCGUCUCUGGUAUCUUCUCUUUCCCUUUUCUUCCUUUCUUAAUCCCUAAAAUCAAUCGACGCUCAGCCUGAUUUCAUAUCCAUCUCGAGAAUCGGCCAUCGAUGAGGGAGUUAUUGAGCAAGGGUGUUCCCUUUCUCUGGCCUCGCAUUAAGGGCAGACGCACCCGCCUCUUUCCGCCGACGUAUCAACAGAUUGUCGAGAAGUUUCGAUUUCGUGUCCAGAUCUACGGAUUGAAAUUGUGGUUGGGCAAGAUCCCCAAGCUAGAAACGACCCCAGCCUACUUCUCUGCUACCUCCGAUGGGUCGAUUUGGUGUAGAUGGCAACUGGCGACGACGACGCCGGAAGAAAUUGAUUCCUUGUCUUUCCGGAAUAAGAAGGAGGUUCGACCUAGUGUCGUUGGUGGAGCUGAGGUUGGAAGGAGGAAGAAACUUUGCUUGCUUUGGUUGUAGCUGAGACUUUCAAUGUCGAUUUGUUUGGGAGAAAGAAAGAGAAAAAAGAGCUAUGGGGAAGAUGAAUGAGGGUGGCGGGUAUUCUGUAGGAGAUUGAGAAUUGCGGUGGUGGCCGCCGGUGAAAGAUGAGGAAGAGACGGAACGAAUAGAGGAAGAAGGGUGGGUGGGUCACGGUUCGGUUUGGGUGUCUUAUGCAUAGUAAAUUAAACCGGAUCGGACCGGCCGGUCGAACCGGUAAAACCGGAUUUCGGUGCCUGACCGGUACGACAGACGGGCUGUGGGAAGUAAUUCUAAGGAGGUCAGAGAACCUAAAAAUUUUCAGAUCAUAAUGGUUCAAAUCGACAUAAUGUUCAUAACACUAUUAUCAUCAUAGUGUUACAGCUUGUUGUUUUGUGUAAUUCUAGAUAAAUCUAGAUGAUCUUUCUGUUUCGAGUAAUUCUAGAUAAAUCCAUCUUGUUGUUUUGUGUCACAGCUUGGACUUGCCUACUUAGAGUGUUAAUGAUGUCCAAUAAUCACGUCCACUUCCAUGAUCUGCUUCAUUUAUUGGUUCUCUAACUAAUAUUGGUUCUUCUAACCCUUUAUUCUAAUGAGAAUUUUGACUGUUUUGACAGCAAUGGCUAGUGGAAAAGAAGCCGGAUCGGUUGAUAAAGGAGCAACUGCUAGUAAUCCGAAGGUUACCGCAAAGGGUGUACGAAGCAAAAGUGAUCCAACUUGGGCUCAUUGUUCCUUGCAUCAGGAUGGAAAAGUGGAGAUAAGUGGUGGAAAUGGUUUGGCAUUGAUGCUCCAAAUAUUCAGAAGUUGGCUAUUCGAAUUCUUAGCCCAACUGCUGCUUCUUCUGGUUGUGAACGUAAUUGAAGUGUCUUUGAACAAUAGGGAGUAUUAUACCAAGAACAAAAAAGAAUCAUAUGAUCCCAUAAGCCUUGAAAGCAUUGAUUCUACUGUUACUAGUCACUGGUUGUCAGAAGGGGAAGAAGGUUCAUCUUCUAGGGAAAAUGAAUUGGAUAUUGAUGAGCUGGAUCGAGCAUUAGAAGAGGAAGUUGGUGAUGAAGAAGAUGAAGGGGACGACUUGGAGAAUGUUGACUUAUCUACAUUUGGUGUUGUUUGACAAUAUGAAACGUUGUUUGUGAACAUUGUAGUGUUUGCUAGUUUGUGUUUGUGGUAGUUGUGAACUUGUGGUUUGAGAAUGUUGUUUGAACUUGUGGUUUAAGAAUGUUGUUUGUACUCGAUCGUAAACAUGCAUUUGAACGAUUAUGUAGUUAAUUCAGUAAUGUUGCAGUUUGUUGAAUUUUAUAUUACAUAUGCUUAUUUAGUUUAUUCAGGUUUGUUAUCCGGUAUAUUCCGGUUUUAUUCCGGUAUUAUUCCGAGACGGUAUCAGAAAUCUGCCGGUACGGUUUUUUCACAAAAAAAUAUUAUUUAUUUA